AGGCUCUCCACGCUGGGUUUCUCUCCAUUGCAGGAUAGGGCUGGCUGAAGAGACGCAGGGGGGAAUCGCUGAGUAAUCGCAGCAACCCAUGUUUACACCAGCGAGCGCCGGCUGAAUAACCAACCCCUUUUCCAUUCUUCCCACCAUGGGCAACGGGAUGUGCUCCAGGCGGCAGAAGGGACUUCUCCAGACGGGCUUCUGUUUCCUAGUUGUACUUUGUUUCGGGCUCGGGCUGUACACCUACACCCACCUGAAGGGGAACUUGCGCAGCGCCGAGACGCUGGCCCAGAAAUACAAGCAGCAGCAGGAAUCCGUCUCGGCUCAGUUACAAGUCGUGUAUGAGCAUCGGUCCCGACUGGAGCGCUCGCUGCAGAAGGAGCGGAGUGAACACAAGAAGACAAAGGAAGACUUUCUGGUGUAUAAAUUGGAAGCUCAGGAGUCAUUGAACAAAGAGAAGCAAGAUGCCAUGAAUCGGUACGGUGCCCUCAGCUCCCAGCACAAGAUACUGAAGAACCAGCACGAGGAGAUCAAGAAGCAGCUGGUGGGUCUGCAGCUCCAACACAACAGCCUACAGCUGGAGCACAGGAAGGCAGUGGAGAGCCACAGCCAGCAGUACCUGCAGCUCCAUCAGCAGAAGGAGCUCGAGAUCAGCAGCCUGCAGGACGACGUGCUGAAGCUUAGGCUGGAGAGUAAACAGCUGCGGAAAGCGCACCAGGAGAUUCACCUGCAGCUGGCCAAGGCACAGGGCCAGCUGGCAGAGUUCAGGCAGCUGAAGGAAGCUCUCAAUGGGAUGCCGAGUUUCAAAAACCCCGGCCUAAAGCCCGCCGUGCCGCAGGUAGAGAACCAGGCAGGACGCCGGCAACCGCGGCCACCCGCUAACAGCCCGGCAAACGUCGCUGAUCAGAAGGUGGAGCAACAGCUGCCGGCGCUGGCUGUUGGAGGACAGGCGGCCGGGGGAGGGGGAGCGGCCACUGGCGACAGACCUGGGGAACCGGCCGCGGGGGAGACUCCCGGACAAGGGGAGCGGCCGCAGCUCGGGGGCUCCCCCGCCUGGCAGAGGGAGGAACCGCGGGAGGAAGUGGCCAACCAUGCGCCGCGGGUCGCCAGGACGGUGAACAACCUGCCCCCCGGCAACCAGGUGCAGGAGAUGUUGCAGAACAAUGGCCCGGAGCGGACACUUGGUGGCACUGCUGAGCAAGAGCAGGGCCAGGGGGUAGCUGGUCAACAUGGGUCGAUGGCCUUGAGUGGGCUGGAGGUAGGGGCCGGCCUGAAGCAGGUGCAGAGGUGGGAUGAGAUUAUCAACGCGGUGAAUGGAGACGUGGAAUACCAUCGGGAGAGCCGAGCGGAGAACGGCCAGGGGCCUCCGGUCACUCCGGCAAGGAACGUCGGCAGGAGCCACUGGAGUCCCGGGCAUGGGAACGCCAACUGGAGCCUGGACCGUGGAGACGACGGGAGGGAGAGACUUGAGGAGAUGCAUCAGAGAAUGGGUAGAGAUGUGCACCGCUGGUCGGCUGAUAUUUAUCCCAGGGGCAGACUAAAGCACACUUGGACGGACCAUGGGUUGAAGGAAGCGGGGAAGAUGAACGCGGAGAAGCUGUUUGCCCGAGCCCUGUCGUCCCGGAGAGAGCCCAUCCCACAGGAGCCGCUGAUGCCCGACGUUGAUGAGGACCCGGCUCAGGACCCCAACAACCAGGGGGAGGAUGAGUUUGAAGAAGCUGAACUGGAGCAGCCGGGCUUUGCAGCGAAGGCAGGCGGGGGGAAGGAGCAGCAGCUCCUGGCCAGGCCGGCGGCAAAGAACGCUGCACGUAAAGAAGGCGCUAACAUCAUGGACGAGUAUCGGGAAGAUCAAGAGGCGGAAAAUGAGGACAACGGAGGCGAGAUGGACGAUGAGCAGGAAGAUGCCGACUUUGCCCGUAAGGACGCCACUGAAGAGGAGGCUGUGCCCGGAGACGAUGAGCCCAACAGGGAUGAAGAAUAUUGAAUCCCCGGAUGGACAGUGUGCGCUGGUGUGGACAUGGGAUGGAUUCUUAUUCCCAACGUGAGGAGACGGAGACUAAGGAGCUAAGCUGCUGUUCCAAGCAGUUGCCGUCCCUACACAUUUCACUUAACAUUGUGAACUGCAAGAGUAAGGCAGAGUUUGAUAUCUGAGCUCAAGGUUUUUUUUCCAUCUGACCUACUUACAGUCACAAUCUAAGGUUUGGCUAAAUAAUACUGUGUUAUUGGUCCCAAACUGGUGAAUAUCCCGCUCCUGGGGAACAGUUGGUCAGGAAGAAUCUGAACACAUUACUGAUUGGACCAAGUAAGCCCAUGGUUCAUUGGAAUAAGAAGGGCAUCGAAGUGAUGAAGAUAAAGGUGUUCUUUUGUGCAACGAAGUGCAUUCAGAUUAUUUUUUUUUACACACAGUGUCAUUUCUUGACAAUAUGUACUGUUCAUUUAUUUGCAAUUGCCCUGAUAUUGCCACUGGUCACUGGAGAAUAAUUGAUCCCUUGGCAAUGAUGGAGAACAAGUAUUCGUUUUGGAGACUGUGCUACGAAAACAAAUAACGUUUGACCUGCGGGGAUUUGUUCUUUGCUUCUAUACAACACAGUGGACACUACACCUGCUGUGCCUGCUUGAGAUCAUCUUUUUUUUUUAAAAGCUUAUUAAUAAUAAUGGCUUUCCUCUCUUCCAUUUUCUGUUCUGCAAAUUAUAAACUUGUAACGCCAUGUUUAGUGUCAGCGGGAUGAUAGACAACAGGUGCAGGAGUAGAGGCCAUUUGGCCCUUCGAGCCAGCACCGCCAUUCAAUGUGAUCAUGGCUGAUCAUCCACAACCAGUACCCCGUUCUUGCCUUCUCCCCAUAUCCCCUGACUGCUGUUUUUAAGAGCCCUAUCUAGCUCUCUCUUGAAAGCAUCCAGAGAACCUGCCUCCACCGCCCUCUGUGGCAGAGAAUUCCACAGACUCACAACUCUCUGUGAGAAAAAGUGUUUCCUCGUCUCCGUUCUAAAUGGCGUACUCCUUAUUCUUAAACUGUGUGUGUAGCCCCUGGUUCUGGACUCCCCCAACAUCGGGAACAUGUUUCCAGCCUCUAGUGUGUCCAAGCCCUUAACAAUCUUGUAUGUUUCAACUGGUUCCACCUGUAUCGGAAUCGCUCCGACUGAUCAAAUGCCUUGACCUCCGCGCGGAUUUAAAGCUGCUGCUGCUGCCGCCGGCUGCGUUCCCGUCGAACAGGGUCGUUCCUGAGCUGGUCCACGCUGCCCAUUCAUCGCCCCGCCAUAGUUUCAGCGCCACGGUCGGCUGGUGGGGUCACACGCAUCCAGCGGUUUCUGCCGCACCUCUCGGUGUCUCGUCUCACGAACCCAACGAAUGUGGAAUAAACCAGGCCGCCGCCUUCAUAUCAAGUGUUCCAAUUGAAAUGUUCUAAUUAUUUUUAUUUCUGCUGUGCUUUAUAUUAAAAAACAGAGAGAGAAUUUUAAGACAUCGGCUCCCAAAUCAUGAAUCGUCUGAAGCUGGUGAAAUUAUAAAUAUGGACAAUGAAA